UACUCGCGUACCCUUUUGGACAACCCUAUAAAUUCUCCGUUCCGCGAUGUAGGUUGCUGGAAGAUAAUUUUUCAUUAAGCACAAUAAAUAUACAGUUCACCUUUACCAAACCUAAGCCGACAAUAUCUAAAAACAGUGGGUAUCGCCACUGUAUAACAGGGCACGCCACCACUAAACUUAUUAGUGAAAUAGGUUAUUUCAGUUUGGGCCCAGUGAACAACAAACGCUUAUCAAGCAAAAAUAUCGGUAUAAUUUGCAAAAUAAUCAAUCAGAAUGGGUGUACCUAAAUUCUUCAGGUACACAAGUGAGAGGUACCCUUGCCUCAACGAGCUGGUGAAGCAGUAUCAGAUACCAGACUUUGACAACAUGUAUUUAGACAUGAAUGGAAUAAUUCACAACUGUUCACAUCCUGAUGAUUCAAACCCACAUUUCCGUAUAACAGAGAAGAAGAUUUUCGAAGACAUCUUCCAUUACCUAACCAUACUGUUUCAAAUUAUUAAGCCUAAGAAAUUAUUCUUUAUGGCUAUUGAUGGUGUUGCUCCUAGAGCAAAGAUGAACCAGCAGAGAGGCAGAAGGUAACUUGACAUUUAUCAUUAGUUAUAUAAAACAGUCCCCUUCCAUGUUAGUUUGCCUGUUUGUAUCUGGGUCCUGAGGAAAGUUUACAUGUCUAGUUUUGACCACACAGAUGAAACUGCUGGUGGAAAACUAGUUAGAAAUUUUUAAUUCUUUACUAUACAAAGGCUUGAUCCUAAGGAGGUGGAAAUGAACACCUUAUAAACUCAUUUUUUAAAA